GGGUGCAGCCGGAGCGGGAGAGCGGCGGGAGCGGGAGCACCAUGCUUGCCAACGCAGCCACCAUGCGGAUCCUCAUCAAGGGAGGGAAGGUGGUGAACGAUGACUGCACGCUGGAAGCAGAUGUCUACAUCGAGAACGGCAUCAUUCAGCAAGUGGGCCGCGAGCUUAUGAUCCCCGGCGGGGCCAAGGUCAUUGAUGCCACCGGCAAGCUUGUUAUCCCUGGUGGCAUCGACACCAGCACCCACUUCCACCAGACCUUCAUGAAUGCCACCUGUGUGGAUGACUUCUACCAUGGCACCAAGGCAGCCCUGGUAGGAGGGACAACGAUGAUCAUUGGCCAUGUCCUGCCCGACAAGGAGACCUCACUGCUGGACGCCUAUGAGAAGUGCCGCAGCCUGGCCGACCCCAAGGUCUGCUGCGACUACGCCCUGCACAUGGGCAUCACUUGGUGGUCACCCAAGGUGAAGGCAGAGAUGGAGACACUGGUGCGGGAGAAGGGGGUGAACUCCUUCCAGAUGUUCAUGACCUACAAGGACCUGUACAUGCUGCGGGACAGCGAGCUCUACCAGGUCUUCCGGGCCUGCCGCGAUUUCGGCGCCAUUGCCCGUGUCCAUGCUGAGAAUGGCGAGCUGGUGGCUGAGGGAGCAAAGGAGGCAUUGGACUUGGGCAUCACGGGGCCAGAGGGCAUUGAGAUCAGCCGGCCCGAAGAGCUGGAAGCCGAGGCCACGCACCGUGUCAUCACCAUUGCCAACAGGACCCACUGCCCUGUUUACCUUGUGAACGUCUCCAGUAUGUCCGCAGGGGAUGUCAUUGCUGCUGCCAAGAUGCAAGGGAAGGUGGUGUACGCGGAGACGACCACAGCACACGCCACGCUCACUGGGCUGCACUACUACCACCAGGACUGGUUCCAUGCUGCUGCCUACGUCACCGUGCCGCCGCUGCGCUUGGACACCAACACCUCAGCCUACCUCAUGAGCCUGCUCGCCAAUGACACUCUGAACAUCGUGGCCUCUGACCACCGGCCCUUCAGCACCAAGCAGAAAGCCAUGGGCAAAGAGGACUUCACCAAGAUCCCCCACGGCGUCAGCGGCGUGCAGGACCGCAUGAACAUCAUCUGGGAGCGAGGCGUGGUUGGGGGCAAGAUGGAUGAGAACCGCUUCGUGGCCGUGACCAGCUCCAACGCUGCCAAGAUCCACAACCUGUACCCCCGCAAAGGCCGGAUCAUCCCUGGGGCUGACGCCGAUGUCGUCGUCUGGGACCCUGAGGCCACUAAAACCAUCUCGGCCAGCACCCAGGUGCAGGGGGGGGACAUCAACCUGUACGAGAAUAUGCGAUGCCAUGGGGUGCCCCUGGUCACCAUCAGUCGUGGGCGCGUGGUUUACGAGAAUGGUGUCUUCAUGUGCGCCGAGGGUACUGGCAAGUUCUGCCCGCUCCGCUCCUUCCCGGACUCUGUCUACAAGAAGCUGGUGCAGCGGGAGAAGAGUUUAAAGCUGCGGGGUGUGGAUCGCACCCCGUACCUGGGGGACGUGGCCGUGGUUGUGCAUGCUGGGAAAAAAGAGACGGGGACGCCCCUGGCCGAUACCCCCACAAGGCCCGCCACACGACACGGGGGCAUGAGGGACCUCCACGAGUCCAGCUUCAGCCUCUCCGGUUCUCAGAUCGAUGACCACGUUCCAAAGCGAGCUUCGGCCCGGAUUCUCGCUCCCCCCGGAGGCCGGUCGAGCGGCAUUUGGUAGAGCCGAGGACCUGUCCCCCAACUGAGGACCAGGUGCCGGCCACAGACCCCCCGGCUCCGGCGGGGCUCCCCUCGCCCCGGGGGGCCGUGCCUGGCCCCCGUCCUGCCCGCAGGGCCGAGCUGUGCCGGCAGCCGUGUGCGGUGGGCUGGAGGCCGGGAGGCUGCAGCCCGGCCAGCGGGAGGGGACGGGGGCAGCGAGUGAGCCCCCCCGGCCCUUUUCUGUUUGCACGUUGGGUUUGGAUCAGUGAAUUUUUGACUUGUUUGUGCAUCACGUGGAAAUACUCUGAAGUGGUUUGUGUCACUAGCAUUAGGGGAGAAGCAGGGACACCCCCACCCCCCCUCCAACCCCUGGGCUGACCCCCUCCAUCCCCACACCCCUUCCAGCCCCACGCGUGAGCCUGCACAAGUGUGAUACUGCAGCCCAUGGGCACACAAAUGCGCCCACCUGUGCAUCCCUCCAUGCAGAGGUGUUAGCACACUCCUCACAGCCAUGUGUGUGUGUGUACACGUGUGUCACCCGUGUACGGACUGAGAUGCUCACAGCACACAUGCACAUGUGUGUGCAUUCCUCCAUGUGAAGCACCAGCAGGCUCCUCACCACCUGUGUGUGUGCACACGUGUGUCAUGCUAUGCACGGUCUCAGACAUACACAUUGCUCUGUGUGUGUUCUCAGUGCCCUGUUCAUUGCACACACAUGUGAUCUCCUUGGCAGGUGUCCACAUGCA